AUGGCCAUCCUUCCGAUUAUCUCAUCGCACAAGCUUUAUCCGGUCCGCGGCGCUUGCCAACCGGACAGCGGUUUCUACGUCGGCUUCCGAGACUAUGACAUUUGGAAGCUCGCAGGCUUCUUUCAGAUCAUCUUAGGCUUCGGCAACUUCUCGUUUUCGAUGGCCAAAACAAUCGAUGUCGGCUGGGAUAUAAUUAUCGGCCGCGGCGGUCAGGCGCUCCUUGCCGCUAUCGCAUUCACCGUCUACUCGAAGGCUCUGGUACGAUCCAUGGAGUCGUCUCCGGUAUCUUAUGGCACCUUCGAAGCCGUUACUCUACAAAGCGGCUCGCUUAGCGCUAAUUUCAAGCUAGCAAGGGAUCUCUUCAAGAACAAGACUGCUCAGGCUAGGGCAGCUGUUGUGUGGAUGAUCAUCAGUGCUUGCUUUGUCCUGGCCUUCCCAUCGAUCUUGAGCGCAAUAACUGGUUACUCCGUGAACAUUGGGUCUUUUGUGGAAGUCGACGACGGCAGCCUGGUGCAGUACAGUAAUUUCGCCAUGGUCAGGUACAUCGUCCAUGAUGCGCACAGAAUCGACGAAGCACUCGGAAAGGACUACCAGGUGACAACAAGCAGGAGUGGUGGUUAUGGAGACAUCUCCCAGUUAAAGUGGUCCGCGGAUGCAGAUUAUUGCCUCGGUAACGCGUGGCCCGUAGAGACUCGCAAUGGCACUUUGGACUGGUCAGCCACCGCCGACGAGCCCAUGUGCGAUCUCUACUGGCAUGUCUCCGAGUAUGCCUACCACUACGGUUUCUUAGGUGAGGUCCACGCGGAUACCACGUUCAAUUACAGUGGGCAACUUGUCAAUCUGACUGAACCGAGCCUGCUCAUCACCCCCAUCUUCUGGGACGAAUAUUGGAUCAGGCAGGGCAACUCAAACGGGACCGACUGGUGGUACUGGCCCUUUGGCUAUUACUGGAAGAGCGCAAAUGGCACCGAACCCUUCCACAAUUUCACCGAUCCAGUCUUCACAAACAGACAGUUCACGUACAAACUCGACGAGCUGAACGUUCGCGGUCGUUGUCAGCCAGAGGGUGAAAGCUAUAAGUGGGGGUUCUCCUUCCUGGCCCUCUUCUCCUUCAUCGUCGUCUUCCUGGCCUGGUCUGUGGGCAUGUAUGCCCUGUGGCUGGAUGCGUUCCUGCACUCACGUUUCGACCGGGUUGGACGGUCGAUGGGCCUGCAGCGCGCGGUCCUUGACCUCGCCUAUUGCAUGCAGAGAGACGUGGACGAGACCGGCCGCGACAUGCUCUCAAACGCCGAACUUCAGAAGUGCAUCCGUCAAGACCUCAAGGGCGGGCGCAUCACGUACGAAAUGCUCGACCCCAAACUACUUCCGCUGUCUCGUGCCGCCGAGUGGCGUCUCAAGUGGCGUCUCAAGUGGCGAGUGAGCAUCCGGGAUUGGCUGCUUAGGAGGAACAAGUGGAUGUGCGCGCUCUUUGUCGGAUCUUUGGUCUUCCUCUCUACUGCCUGGGCUGGGAUGCACCCACUGUCGUUUACGGCGGCGCUUCUCGUAUUGGGAUCCGCUACAGUCGUGCUCAUGGACGAGGGUCACAAGAGUCGGUGGCUGAUCUUCCUUGUGUGUCUCGUUCUUGCCGUUGUGCUGGCCGCGGUGGGAGUAUAA